AUGUCACAGCGGCAAGCCGUGAGAUUGAAAUGUAAAAACUUCACUUCUUGCACGCGUUGCACGCGUUGCAUGCGUGCUUUCUCGUCGGUGACUUCGUGCCGCGUGACUAUGCGUGGCUCACUGCCCGAGGGAAGGAGCUGGCCGGACGUGCCGAGCGCGAAGAAGAUGGCCACCAUCGUUGCCCUUGGGGGCGGGGCGCGCGGGGGGCGGCGGGGCGAAUGCUUGCUGAGCCUCUUGCGGCUGGUGAGGAUGGCCGGGGUAUGCCUGGACCCCAUGGAUCUUACCUCCAGCUUGGGGUACAUGAGCUGGCCCCAGAUGGUCUCCCGCUUGCUGUCAAUCACCGACUCGGAGCCCUCAAACCGCCUGGUGCUGGUUGGAUGGAGUGCGGGUGCCUGUUGCGCUCGGCACUGCACGGCGCACUUGGAGGCCAUGGGCGUCUCGGUGAAGGGGGUGGUGGACUUGGACUGCCGGGUGCCCUUGCCACGUGCUCUCAGCGACUCAUGCGACGCAUGCGGCGGCGAAUGGAGCUCCUGCGGCCGGCUCCAGUGGCGGUUCCUGGCGCAGGAAGCGGCCAGGAUGAUCCGUCAGCUUGAGUGCCACACCACCCUGACGGCCGCUGUGAGCCCCGCCUGCGUGUGCGGCCGGGACCCUUCGCGGAUCUUCGGCUCGGACGCGGAGGUGGCACCGCGGGCAGGUUUGGGAGCGGCCGGCGGCGCGACCAGGCGGGUGCUGGACGGCAGCCACUUCGACCUCGGCCUGGGCCACGCCUGGGACAUCGCCGAGGUCCUAGCGAAGCUCCUCGAGGCACCAGCACCGGAGCACGUGCGCGGAACCAAGGCUCCCAGGGAGCUGAACGGCUUCAGCCGCUCGAACGCGGCUCCUUCCAACGGCUCCAGGUUGGAGCCCCAAAAACUCCAGGGCAACGGAUCGCUUCGCCCGCCCAAGAAACCCGGCCGGCGCAGACUGAGACGGAAAGUGAACAGCUUGAGGUGCGAGGAUUCCCAUAAGAAGAUCCCAGCGGGAAAGCAAUUGUGGCCUGGACGCAGCACAUUGUGCGGACGUCCAAACCCCAUUUGA